AUGUUCCACAGACGCAAGAGGCCCUUGGAUAGGAGGUACCAUGAUCAAGAUAGCAAAAAAUUUAAGCCUAAAUACGUUGAUAUAUUGCCUGAUUUCAGACCUUCAGGGCUGCUAGAAUUGGAGUCGAACAAUAAAGAGGGCAUAGCCUUAAAGCACGUGGAACCACAGGAUGCUAUCUCUCCCGAUAAAUAUAUGGAUAAGCUGGACUUAGAUCCGCGAGAUAGGACAGUUUACGAACUUUUAGUGUAUAGGAAGAAUGACAAGGAUAAAGCCGUAUGGAAAAGAUAUGAAUUGAACGACAGGAGUUGUUUUUUGGUUGGUCGUGAGUUGGGUCGCAGUUUGGAUGCAGAUUCGGACGAUAGAAAGGAGACGGUGGUCGCAGAUAUAGGUAUACCAGAAGAAACAUCUUCGAAGCAACAUUGCGUUAUCCAGUUUAGGAGCGUCCAUGAUAUUUUGAAAUGCUAUGUCAUGGAUUUGGACUCCUCCAACGGUACCUGUUUGAACAACGUUGUAGUGCCUAGGGCCAGGUAUAUAGAAUUACGAAGUGGUGAUGUCCUGACACUUUCAGAAUUUGAAGAAGAUACAGACUAUGAACUUGUCUUUAUGAAUGUAUAA